CGUCGUCGUCGACAGCAGCAGCAGCAGCAGCUUUCGGUCGGCACGGCAGUGUCGUGGAAGAGCCCACGCCUGAUCCACGUCUCGUGGACCAAAUCGGCCCGGUACACAUGGUCGUGAUUUACGCACAUCCGACUAGCUGAUCAUUCACCGCCAAGGUUCGAACCCAUUUUCCCGACCCGGUAGCCGUUGCCUCCGAUAUUUUUGAACGCGAAAAUAUUAUUUAUUUAUUUUUUGCGAUCUCUCGAUGCCCGCCGGACGACGAUGACGAAGACGACCGCGUGCCACGGCGGACUGACGAUCACGACGUGGUGGUGUUGGUGGUGCACUGCCGCUCUGGUGCCAUUCGUCAUCGGUAUGGCCACAUGCCUCAAGGACGUAUUCAUCGAAGUCCCAAUAGCGAUAAGAGAAGGUAGUACUGCCAUACUGCGAUGUGACUAUGACUUAGAACAAGAAGCUUUGUACACGGUCAAAUGGUAUAAAGGCCGUCGGGAAUUUUUCCGUUAUGUGCCUAAAGAGUUGCCACACACAAGAGUGUUCCCUUUGGCUACCAUAAACGUAGACGUCAGCGAAUCAGGGCCAAACCAAGUGGUGCUGAGACAAGUGACGCCCGAAUUGGAUGGCAAGUACAGAUGUGAAGUUAGUGCAGACGCGCCAACAUUUCACACACAAAUUGUAGCUGCUUGGAUGCACGUUGUCCGAACAAUGGACGGCAAACCAGAGUUACAUCUUGAAAAGCCACAGUAUUCACUCGGUGAGAAGUUGAGAGCAAAUUGUUCAUCACCGCCCUCAAAUCCACCUGCAAAUAUCACUUGGUUCAUAAAUGAUAAAGAGCUGGGAAAUGGUCGCAUAAUCAGAAUACCAUCAGCCAGGCCAUCCGGUCAAUUAUUUAAGACUGUCUCGUCAAUUGAAUACGACGUUUUAAUUGCUGGUAAGCUGAAGGUGAAAUGCCAAAGUGACAUAUACCACGUCAUCUGGUCGGAAACUGAAGUAAUGCUGGACGAAGAUAAACCAAGACUUGCGUCUAUUCUACAACCACAUGGUCAUUCAGCAGGAUUAACGUCAUCACCUUCGUUCAGCAUAAUCUUAUUGUUCACAUGUAUGAUUAUAAGGUAACGAGUCCAACGUAAAAUGGGAAAAUGUUUCCAAUCGUUACCAUGUAAAAAUUUAGUGUAAAUUAUAAUUAUUAUAAUGCGUUGAUAAAGUAUAAAAUGUCGGUCAAAAUAAACCUCUAAUAUUUAAAUGGGUUAUUUUUCUGAAAAUAUAUGAUAAACAGUGAAGCUAUAUUUCUGCCUUAAAUAACUAAACUAUCUAUAUAAAACAAUACAUUAUUAUUAAACUCUUACCGAUUUAGUUACAUCUAUGUGCGUUUUUAAUGUGUAUUAUGAAUAUUUAUACUUGAAAUAGUUUUGACUAUAUUUAAUAGUUUGGUCACAAUAUAAUAUAAAAAUGUAAAAACAAUAGUUUUAAAUGUUCGUUCAUUCAUAAGAAUUUAAAAUUUAUGUACUUAACAACGACAUGUUUUUUACGACAAUUUUUUCAAAACUGUAAGUAUUUCACAUGAUUUCGGAUACAUAUUAAUAUUUGUGUUCAUUAUAUGUAUUAAAUGUUUUAUAAAUUAUAUAUCUGCUAAAAUUAUAUAUUAAACUAUAUUAUAUCUUCUAAAAAUAUCGUUAUGUGUUAUUAAAUACAAAACCAACAACUACAUACCUACCCACAUAUAGUUCUAGUAUUCUACUUUAUCUGUAUAAUGUAUAUAAAUAUAUAAUAUUUACAGUAGUAUUAAAUAAUUGAAU